AUGGAGUCUGACCCCGCCGGAGGGAUGGCCAAUAAUGGACUUGAGGCAGGGUACUGGGGUAUGAGCGACCCUCCUAGAAUUAGGUCGAUUACGGGUGUCCGCAUCCGCCAGCUCACCUUGCCGGAAGCUCUCGCUUCCUCACUGUCGAGGGCCGGGCAUACAACGCCGCCUGUACAGGACGGCUACUUCCUCGGCGAGUCCUCAUACACCGCCAGCUCGCCUAGCCAAACUCCGCAACUCCGGCGGGCCAGCUCGUCCGCCUCGCACGGUCCUUCUCGUCGGGGCAGGCGGAUCUCGCUGUCGGAGCUCGAAGAACCGCAGCGAGCGCGGGCAGAUAGCGGCUCGACGCUCCGAGCUGUACAUGCGGCGUCCGGGUCGGGGUCCCAAACCGCGCGCGAGCGGACUACAAGGCCGAGGUCUCGCACGCUCGCCGGAGAAGCUAUCGAGCAAGCGCAGCAGCUGUCGCACAGCCUGAUCGAAGCAAAUGGAGAUUCGGGGAUUGGUGAUGGUGAUGCCGAGGCGGCGCUACCGAGACGUCAGCUCGCAAGGUGCUUCAUAGCCUUCAAGCUGCCCGCUGAGCACGCAUCGACCGGAACGCGGACCGAGGUCAACGGACCAGCGGGACUCGACGUCAAGGGGAAAGGCAGAGCGCCUGACUCGGACAUGCCUUCUCAAUGUCCCUCGCCUUUGCGUCGGAACCCGUCGUUGAUCAAGACGCGACCUUCUCGCUCAACCUCGAUGGACCAUCUACCCGGCCGGAGCACUCCGACCAGCCCCUCCUCAAAUCCCGGGACACCCCCUCGGAGCCGCACGACGUCACUCAACACCAACACAUCUCCUGCUGUCUCGAAGUCUGGACCUGGUCCACCUUCCACUCCGGAUGCUGCUGGCCAGCUACCCAAGCUCGGUCAGAGACCCCCGCGGCUCGUCAGGGCAGGAAGCGAAGCGGGGCGGUCAAGACCUCCUGGUCGCCCGGUAUCGAUGAUAUCAAGGGGGUCAUACCGGUCCCCUCACCUCAAUAGCGCCACCGAAUCGGGCCCAGAGCCGCCAGUCAUCCCGGACUCACUCAUGCCGAAGCCUUCACCCUCGGCCGUCGCCCCGUUCUUCCUAUCGCCCAUUCAUCCACCCUCAUCGCAUCCCGCCUUCCCCGCCUUACUGCCCGAAUCGGACUUUGCGGCAUGGCUCACGACCGCCGAGCUGGCGACGCAGGUGGUCGAUGUGGAAAUAUGGUAUGAAGACCCGGAGCGGGGCUGGGCGGUUUUGAACGACGUCGGAGGGAGGGUGGAUUUGUCGAGCUUACGGCCGGUACGGAAUGGAGGUGAAGGCGAGAAUGACCUGGAGUUCAGCUUGAAGGGCGAUACAGGAGGAUGGUAUAGCAUAAGGCUUGAUGAAGCCGGGGAGCGUGUCGGAGGAGACCCGAAGUCUGGGGAUAAGGGCAGGAAGAGGGGAGCUUCCGUUAGGGGUGUGAUGGAGCGGAGUGUGAGGGAGACGAGGAUGAAGAAGGGGGUCGGCGUUGGAGGACUACACCAGCUUGUACACGGUCAAUCCGUAGUUGAGGAUACCAAGCAGAAUAUCGAGAUUGUCAAAUCCAAGAUCGACGAUUUGCUACGCCAAGAUGCGGAUAGACGCGCCUUGCGGCGAGAUGUAGACCAGCGAACAGAGAACGUCAACUGGAUCCAGAGCAAGAUUGAUGAGUUUGACCGCAUAGCCAGAGAGGUCGACGCUGCGAUAGUCUUGCGCAAAAAGGCCAUCUCGGACCGACGACAAGCCCUCGCGCGAGCAGAAGAACGGGAUGAUGCGGAGCGAUCACGCGCUGUUCAGAUCGAUCAGGCGAUUCACACCGCUCAAAUGAGCCGCGCUGCCCUCCAGCCGCUGAUACAUCACUAUCGCGCUCACCAUGUCCAGACGCUCGACGCACUCUUCCCUAUCCUUCCUUUAUCCCCCUCGAUACUGCUAUACGGCAUCCUCGGCGUCCCUCUUCCAAUACCGUCAGGCGAAGAUCCUGCUCCGCCCAUCACGCUCCCCGCGGCAAUCCUGCCAGAUGGUGUCAAGGUGGAUGAGCGGACGACUGCAGCGGCACUGGGGUAUGUGACGAUGGUAGUGCACAUUCUGGGAAAUUUGGGCGGGACCGGACCGGGAGGUGGCGGGUUGGUGUAUCCCGUGACGUGUGCAGGGAGCAGGAGUCUUGUACGGGAUGUGGUUUCAGUGAUGCAGGGUCCGAGAUCGUUCCCGCUGUAUACGAAAGGUGUCGAGCGAUAUCGAUUCGACUAUGCCGUAUUCCUUCUGAACACCAACAUCGAGCUGCUCAUGCAAGAAGCCAACAUCCGCCUAGUCGACCGGCGCCACACACUUCCCAAUCUCAAAUCCCUCCUUCUGACACUCUCCUCCCCCACGCCUCCUCCACCUCCCCCACACCCCGCAGGCCAAGCCUCCAGCUACCCUCCGUCGGGCACAACGACAUACAAUAACUCGCGCAUAGGCUCGCGCCAGGCCAGCUAUACCUUCAACCCCCAACUCGGCUUCUCAACCAGGGAAAAGCAGUCGGUUCUGGGCAGUCCGGCCUCAUCACUGGGCGAUCUGCGGAGUCCGCCGGGAUCGCAUAUAGGCGGGGUAGGGAGGAGAGAGCGGGAUGGGAAUAGUAUGAGCCCGAUCAAGGCGGGUUGGGGGGAUGGUGGAGCGAGAGGGAGGAGUCAUCUUUCGAGGCAGAGCUGGGGUGGGAGUCAAGAGGCGGAGGAAGGGGAUGGGGAGACGGCGGUUUCGAGGUCGGAGGUCACGUCGGAGUUAGGUACCGGAUACGACUAUUGA